CGAAGGCAAGAAAUGCAAGCAAGAUCGGGCGGUCGCCGAGAAGCAAGGAGAAGACGCAAUGCUUAUACUGCAUCUUGCCCGCCUCUAUCGGACUGCGUGGGAGCUUCUGGAUGCACUCUCGGAAUGCGACUUGGACGAGUUGGAACUGUACCGAAUGACGCGAAUCUCGCGUGCUCACGUUCACUGGACAAUGUCCGCUUUCAGCGAGACUUUACGCACACUGCUUACUGAUUCUUCGGUGUUGGCGCAGCGCAGGCAGGAACUGAAGGUGAGCACUGGCGGUGCCGCGUAUGCAGCCCAGCAGGUUUCGGUUCGGGUGGAUUCUCCUGGUCCGCCAGGGAAAGUGGAAGUUCUGCGUAUCAAAAGUCCAGGGCUCAAAGCAGCGACACAAAGUGAAGCAUCCAAUCGAGCUACAGGAUAUACGGGAAAACCUCUCGUAGAAGGCCGCUAUGGGCGUGAGUACGUUCUUGACCUAGGCGCAGCGGGAGGGCUAGACACUACGUAUGCGCUCACACUAGGAUAUCGUGUUGAGGCGGUUGAAGGCGGCCGCAAAGCGUUGCAAGUCUUGCAGAAUCGACACAUGCAGUCGAAUUUUCCAAAUCACCUAGAAACGCAGAUGAUUCACAUCGUCCCGUCGCGAAACGAGACCUUCAGGCGCGUCGAAUCAUCUGGCUGGAUGACGGUAGCGCGGACGAAUGAUUAGGGUUUUUUUUGUCGUCCCGUUUAUUUCAGAUGACUUACCCUAUUAUUUUACUUAGGUAGUUGUAUGAUGAUGAUCCGCGAACCAAUACCAAAUCGGAGUCACUUGCACUUGGUCCUUUCUAUUUUCUCGAUGUUGUUUGGUCCACAACCAUGCGUGGACGUGGUGCGUAUGUGCUAGUCCUAUCUUUUUCUAAGAUGCGCAGGCAAAGAAGAUCGUCGAGGAAUCCAGAGCUCUGUAUCGUGCGCAAUAUGAACGGGGCCGGCGUCUGCAGGACAAGGGCGUAACGCCGUCUGGUGAGGGAACUACGACUGCCAUCAAGGGUCAGGGUAAGAGUAACAAAGUGAAUGAUGGUGUGGUAGCUCAAGAACAUCAAGCUCUUGACGACUCUGCGUCACCGAUGACGGGACAAGCUAGUACAGUGAACAAUGACGAGCCACUUCUGCGAGACGUGAUACAGCCAACACUUGAUUUCAACAAAACAAGGACUUGCCACGAAUACUAUCGAGAAAUCGCUCAGAAGCACGGCUGGAGGGGUGCUGUUUCUGUAAAGAUCGAUUUAGAAGGUCUAGAUCUCGGAUGCUUCAAGCAACUCCUUCAGCUGGGACGAUUACCUCUAGGAGUACGCUCAGAAGAAGCUGCUCGCCCAGAGGUGGACCUCGAGGACGCCGCCACGCCGAACGGACAAAAAUCCUAUUCCACCUCAGCGACAUUGCUGCCGCAGUUUAUCUCUCUUGAGAUAUUUUCUAUCGAAACAGCGAUAGGCGCGAUUCGCGCUGCGUUUGAAAAGGGAUACCGCUACAUGAAGAUCGUUGAGCAAAGCGCUUACUUUCGCCUCAUCUGCAAUCAGCGCAUGCGUGGUCGGGAUGGCGUGUACGGUAACCCAAGACGGCAGCAACGGAUAUUCUCCUCUGAUGGGCGUAAGGUGUCCCGCAUGGUUAUGGGUCCGAUGUGUUUCACAGAAAGCGGCUCGGGUCCUCCGGGCGAUGACGCAUUGGACUACAUGACUGGGCCGCUGUGGCGCCGCAUCGAAUGGCCCUACACGGUUCUGGAUCAAACUGACGAACAAGAAGUGGAUGAGAUCGUGGAGCCGGAGCCGGAUAGUCGAGGUCACUCUCGUAGUGGGCUAGGAGGUGGACGAGGAUCAAGACGCUUAUUACCACGCAAUCAAGUCAGACCAUUAUUUGAAGAACUGUAUAAUUCUGUUAAAGGUAGAGAUGAUAGAAACUCGUCGACUACAACUUCACCACGUGGUCAUCUCGUCCUUCAGAGUGAAAAUUCGACUACUCAGCUUCUAGACCUCUACAUGGAACUGUCGCUUAUACUUGGCGACUUAAAAAGGAUGGACUCUACUGGACUUCUUUGGGCUGCAAGUCAUGUCCUUCGUGAGCUAGACGGAAAUACUUUUGUGCGCUUCGACCUGCAUUUCAAGUUGUAAAGAUGCACGCAAAGGCAACGUAAGGAUUGCACCCAAGGAACGAGAGCAAAACGCAC